UAGUGAGAUUUGAACGCUUCCUGGUUUAACACGUUGCAAUAGUUCUAUUACAUACUGUACUGUACCUGACCUGGAGGCUAAGUAGCCUAUUAUACCGUGUUAGAAAUAGCACCAAAUCGGACACCGAAUAGGCGCUUCGUUCCCCCCUGUCCUCCACUUUUGACAGAACGCCCCGAGCGCACUUUUAAUGAUGCGUAACUGACGCGCGGUCAUCAACGGACAUUCUUCCUGAUGUCACUUCUCAACAUGCCGUCCACCUGUUUUAUGGCCGUGAUCUUGUGGCUCACAACUGGUUCAUCUCGUUGUCAAACACCAAUUCCCAAUGUUCACGGAGGGUUAGGUGCAGUUCUGGGGGUGUCCAACGCCAGCGUCCUCCUGCAAGACCCCAGCUCUGAGACACUCUACCUGGGAGCCAGAGGCUCCAUCCUGGCCCUGCACACCUCCAACCUCACCUGGAAACACCCAUCAAUUAAGUGGGAGGCAACAGAAGAGGAGAGGAAGUCCUGUAUGUAUAAAGGCAAGAGAGAGGAUGACUGUUAUAACUACAUCUGUCUGCUGGAGGUUCUGAAGGAUGGAAGGAUCUACGUCUGUGGCUCCUACGCCUACAAUCCCAAGUGUGCUUUCAUUGACCCAGUGACGUUUGUCCUAGUGAAGGAAGGUGGUGACAAGGUGAAGAUGGAGAAUGGGAAGGGGAAAUGUCCUUAUGAUCCCAGAAAACCUCACACUGCUGUUACUGCAGAUGGAGUGCUGUACACCGCCUCCCCUUCUAACUUCCUGGGCACGAUGUUUGACAUCACCAGGGCAACAGGUCAAGAGGUGCACGUGCAUCAGUCCAUCAACUGGCUCAGUGAUCCAGAGUUUGUGAGUUCGGCCCUGGUCAGGGAGAGUCCUGGAGAUGAUGAUAAAAUCUACUUCUUCUUCAUGGAGAACGCCUUAGAGUACGACCUUUACACCAAGGUCAGGGUCACACGAUUGGCCAGAGUCUGCAAGGGAGACGUGGGGGGCUCUAAGACCCUGCAGAAGCGCUGGACCAGUUUCCUGAAGGCUCAGCUGGUGUGUCAGGACCGGGACAGUGGCCAGCACUACACCGUCCUGACCCACACCUACCCCCUGGAACACCGCCUGGGAGACCCCAGCAGCACACACUUCUACACCCUCUUCACCUCCCAGGGGAAAGGAGAGCGCGUGUCAGCAGUGUGUGUGUACAGCCUGGCUGACAUCACCAAGGUGUUUGCGACGGGAGGCUUCAGAGAUAUGAAGAGGAACUGUGUGAACAGUGGGAACUCUGAGUCUGUACCCGACCCCCGACCUGGACAGUGUAUCAACGAUGUCCUGAGAGCCCAGGGUUACAACUCCUCCUUCGACAUGCCCGACCCCGUGCUGCAGUUUGCCAAGGAACAUCCUCUGUUGACGAACACUGUGGACGCAGCGCCCCUUCUGGUGAGGAGGGGAACCACAUACACCAGGAUCACAGCCACCAACAUCUCCAACAGUGAUGCUGCCCUACUACAUCUGGGAACAGAUCAGGGGGAGUUACACAGUGUGUCUAUUGUUGGUCGUACUGCUACUCUGCUGCAGGAGAUCCCUCUGACAACCUCAGUAGAGCCCGUCAACAACAUCCUCACACACCAGGGCCAUGUGGUGGUGGGCUCCCCCUCCUCGCUGUCCCGUGUGCCAGUAGAGGGGUGCAGGGUGUACUCCAGCUGUCAGGUGUGUGCCCGGGCAGCAGGACUAGGUUGUGUGUGGGACGUUAACACGCGAGCCUGUGUUGCGGACUCUCCAGUGCAGAGGGAGUCAGAGGACCCUUUGAAGGUGUGUGGCACUGGAGAGGGUCGUUGUUCCUCUGUGGUGAAGAAGCUGCGUGUGAAGAAGGGCCUGGUGGUCCUCCUCCCUUGUGAACACCCCCAUCUCUCCCCUCUCCCCUGCGUCUGGGAGCACCCCCAGGGCCGCCACACCCAGCAGCACCACUCUCACCUAGAGGUCACCGUCUCCGGAUCCAGCCUGGGCCUCUACUCCUGCCGCUGCUCAGCCCAGGGUGAUUAUUCCUGGGGUAGUGAACCCUGCCUCACAGCCUCCUACCAGCUCACCAUGGAGGACCUCAGUGUCGAAGGCAGGGUGGACCCAGGGCUUUCGAGAUCACCGGUAUGGGUGUACGUCUCCUGUGUCCUGCUGGGGGUGCUGGUUGGAGCUUUAGGAGCCACUGUGUUCCUGAAGAGGCUUUGCUGGAGAGCAGCCCAGCACACCCCAUUAGAGGACAGAAAUGGGGGGGGAGCCAAUCAAGGACAGCAGGAGCGGGGCCCCACCUGUUAUGAGAAUAAGCUGGUGAUGGGUGACACGUCGGGCGGCCAAUCGGGAGAGGGCGUUUGUUAAGAGAUGUCCAGAAUUGACUUAAUUGAAGGGAGCGUUUUGCCAGGAAGUUGUUUGUCACCUCACAGAGCAUAUUCUCCCUGCAGCCCUCAUAGGUGUCAUCGAAAGAGUCAGGGGCCAUGUCAUGAAUCUUCAGAAAAGGGAAGAGACAAUGGUAACACUUUAAUUAUAGUAGUGAAAUGUAUUAUUCAUAAAGCCUUUAUAUGCAUGACAUUGUCAUAAAUCCCUGUUUUCGUACACUCUUUAUAAGCCUACAUAGUUUUAUGUAGUCUUAUGCAGUAAUGACAUAAACAUUAUAACACCCACUCCACAUGAACUGUUAUAAGCAAGCUACAAUGUCUCUGCCAAAUGUCUCUGUUACACACAUAUUUAUGUUAUGAAGCCUUUAUGUGUAAACAUACUUAUACAUGUAUUGGGUACAAUCAGAGAAAAGGCAUUAGUGUUUACCAGCACUAGUAACUGAUUCAUGAAUUAUUUUCCACCACGAUUGGUAAAGUGGCACACUCUUUGGAUGUUAUAACACAUUCAUAGGAAUUUAAACUUAUUCAUGAAUCAUUUUUCAUGACUUGCUGAAAAUGAUUAAGUUUGUAUUGUAUUGUGACAUUUUGACCUUCCUCUUUUAAGACUACAGUCUGUAGGUGCUACAAAGUAAUAAUUGGUGUCAUUUGAAGCUUUAUUAGAAGUGCUCUGUAACAUGAGCACUAUUUCCAUAACAGUUUUCUUACAUUAAUUAAUGAACCACAGAGGUACCCCGCUCUACGGGUGGUAACUCAUUGGAUCUGAUUCAUUUGAUUAAAUGCAAUUGCAUGUUUUAGGGCUGCAACCAUAGAAAUACAAUGUAUUUAUGCUACUAAUAAGCUAAUGUCAACUUCAUGUCUAUGGUUAUUUUGUUCACUGUCAGCCUAUUUGUGCAACUAUUAUUGAAUUUGCAUAGAAAAGUAAUUUGGUUGGAAAUGCAACUGGGGCCAUGUAAAUAAUUUUUAGGCUACUGAUUCCACCAGUGGCACCUUGUAUGACCAUACAAGUCUAUUAUGUGACUGAGAAGAGUAAAAUAAUUUGGUUGCAAAGUCACUGCCCUGCCCUACCUCUGCCCCACAAGGACCAUGAACACAAGGCUUAUAGUUCUGCCUGGACAGGAACAUUAACACAAGGCUUAUAGUUCUGCCUGGACAGGAACAUUAACACAAGGCUUAUAGUUCUGCCUGGACAGGAACAUUAACACAAGGCUUAUAGUUCUGCCUGGACAGGAACAUUAACACAAGGCUUAUAGUUCUGCCUGGACAGGAACAUUAACACAAGGCUUAUAGUUCUGCCUGGACAGGAACAUUAACACAAGGCUUAUAGUUCUGCCUGGACAGGAACAUUAACACAAGGCUUAUAGUUCUGCCUGGACAGGA